AAAAAAAGGAAAAAUAUGCUCACGUGUCCCGGAUAUACAAGAAUUUAAUGUAGUGAGAUAGGUGAAGUCGCAAUGUCAGACAUGUAUAUCAAACCGGGUAAUCAGGAGCGUGGAUGGAACGACCCCCCACAGUUUUCUUAUGGUUUACAGACGGCUCAAGGCAGUGGCCCUAAACGUCUCCUCAAUAAGAGAGUGCCACCUCCUCAACUCUCUGGACCUCAGAGCCCGUCUCCAGGCAUACCUCCUCCACCGAGCCUCUCAACUCCUCCCACCAAUCCAACACCACCAUUACCGCCACCGAGUUGUGGAAUGACCCCGCCACCCCCGUGUAUGACCCCCGCAUCACUGACCCCUUCAAGGCCGUCUCCUGGGGUAACGCAGACAGAGUCUCCCAGCACAGACUCAGAAGGGGAGCCCAGUUUAGACGAGGCUGUUGUCGUCCUUCAGUGGGCACUCACAGCCUGUAGGAAAUCUGUUAAGAAGCAAGUGUGUGAUGAUGUUGACAAACGCCUGAAGGUGUUUGAGGAUAUGUGGAAGAGUGGGAAGCUUUCACUUCCUGUCAAGAAGAGGAUGAAUCUCUUGGUUCAAGAGAUGAAAAGCCACAAUUGGAAUGCAGCUGAUGAGAUCCAUCGGUCUUUAAUUGUCGACCACGUGAACGAGGUCAGCCAGUGGAUGGUUGGGGUCAAGCGUUUAAUUGCAGAGACCCGAAACCUUCAGCCUGAACACCUGUGUGCUGCAGACGCCGAGCAGACUCCGUGCCGCACACCUGACGAUCCCAAUCCGGAGUAGUCUCGUUUGGACUUGUGCUUAAGCCAUCUGAAAAGGUUGUGGGAAAUCAUGUGGCUGAAGGGCUUCCUUUGCAUACCUCUUGAGACUGAACUUUCUCCCCAGACAGUGUGGAUUGAUGGGGGAACUUCAAAGCUGCUGGCUCAUCAAGCUGUUUACAGUCGACUCACAGACUGCACCUUCCCCUCCAUCCUUAACGGUCUAUCUGCCUUAUCUGAUUCUAGCUGUACAUGACAGACAGAGAGACACAGUCAAAGAGAGGCAACUGCACCGCAAACGAAAGUUAAUACUGUAUGGACUUGCUAAGGCCUUGGAAUUAUGCAUGAAAACAAUCUGUGUGAUUAAGUCAGUGCUAUGUAUCUUCUCUCAUUUACCUUCAGGAAUCAUACCUCUCAAAUCAGAUGUCAACCUUCAAGUUUAUUCAAGGCCAUUCUGCCAUAAUCUAUGUCAAGCUUGUUGUCAAGCAUUUUACACAGUGUAAUAUUCAUGAAGUAUACAAUUCUCUGUGUAUUUGAUUGGAUUCUCCAUUUUCUUCUGUUGUUCAGAUCAUGCUUGUUAUCAGGAACCAUGGGUUGUGUUUCUGGGAGGGAUAACAGUCCUGGUGCUUUGGGAGCUGAAAUUUCUAAAUCAUUUUUCCACUUUUGACCCCUCUCUGUUUCCACUUUACUUAUUUUGCACAUUCAAAAGACAGCAAAGGGAAAGAAAAUAAUACUCAUUGUUAUUGACAGUUAAUUGUUACUGGACAAGAUUCUUUGUUACAAUAAUCUACAACAUAAAUAAUCUGAAAAUAAUCUUACGAAUGAAUAAUUUUCAAAACUGACCAUACAUUUGUAACAUUUUUGUUUGUGUUUCUUCAUGUCUGCCUUCUUUCUGCACACACCAAGCUAAAUAUCCACUGUGAUUCAUCCAUUUAAAACAUAUUCUUCAACAUUAAAGGCAUCCUAUGCAAGUUUUUUACCUGAA